GAAAGGCAAAAAGGCCAAAACCAUAACAAUAAAGGAAGAAAAAUAGAGAGAGAGGCUCUUGGGGCUACGGGAAGCAGGCAUGUGGAUGAGUGGGGGACACACCAAACUCAUCAAUUAAAAACCCUUGAAAAUAAUUGAGUUUGUGACAGAAAUGAAAGAAAAGGAAAGCAAACCUUCUCUCUCUCACUCUCUCCACUUUCCACUUACAUUUUUCUGACCUCUUGCCAUUCUUUUGUUUUUCUGCUAUUGGGAGUGUGGGACUUGGGUGAGAGUUACAGGCCAAGCAAAGGGAAAGGAAACCAAAAUCCAGAAGCUAUUUCAACUUCCCAUUUCUAUUUUCCAAGAAACAGAGGACUCUGUUUUCUUCUCUCUCUCUCACUUUGGUGGAGAUGCCUAGACCAGGCCCCAGACCUUAUGAAUGUGUUAGAAGAGCUUGGCACAGUGAUAGACACCAGCCCAUUAGAGGUUCUCUCAUUCAAGAAAUUUUCAGAGUUGUCAAUGAGGUUCAUAGCUCUGCAACUAAGAAGAACAAGGAAUGGCAAGAGAAGCUACCAGUUGUCGUUUUGAGAGCAGAAGAAAUUAUAUAUUCCAAAGCCAAUUCUGAGGCUGAAUAUAUGGACCUUAAAACACUUUGGGACCGAACUAAUGACGCCAUUAAUACAAUCAUUAGACGCGAUGAGAGUACUGAAACUGGGGAGCUUCUUCAACCUUGCAUUGAAGCUGCUCUUAAUUUGGGAUGCACUCCAAGAAGAGCCUCCAGGAGCCAACGGAAUUGCAAUCCAAGAUGUUACCUUAGUGCCAGCAGUCAAGAACCCAACACUUUUUCUCCUGGCAUAGUAAAUAGCAGUGUUCAAGUAAAUCAUAAGACCAGCCCACAAUGCAUACCUAAUUAUUUAAACUUCAUAAAACCGACGUUUGUGAAUUCGACCCACUUGGGCUCUGAUAAAUUUCUCCUUGCUACUGAUAAUGGUUGUUUAUCUAACUAUAACCAAUGUUUGCCCGUGGAGAAUUGUGCUGUCUCACGCUUGUGCUCAGUAUAUCCUUUGUACUUUGGAAGUUGCAUAGAGCCCCAGCAAGGCUCAGGACUCCUUUCCAAAUCAGUUCCUAGCACCUUGGAACCUGCCAAGAUGGGUGGUAUUGAGCAAAGCCCCUUAGGCUGUAACGAGUAUGCUGAUGUUAAAAUCAAUCAAUCAGAUUUCAAGGAUAUUUCAAUGCAGCAUCAAGAUGUUGGGUGUGAUCUGUCAUUGCGGUUGGGCUCUCUUUCAGCAUCUUUGCCAAGUUCUCAAAACUGGCAGCUUCAGGAUGUUGAAGAUGUUGGUUCUGGAGAAGGGAGUAAAUUCAACAAUCAGAUGCUGCAAACGGAUAAGGAGUUCACUUUGUUUGCUAGGGUUGAUAAGGAUAACUCAUUAGAUUCAUGUCCAAGCAAAUUGAGUGAGCGUGUAAAUAUCAAUGCGAAAAUGAAAAAACGCAAGGCAGUUUACGGUCACCCUGUGGAUGAUCAGGCAUGUCAUUGGCAGCCAAAGCUUCCAUGCAAAGAUUUGACUUGCAGAAUGAGAAGUGCAGAUGUAUGAACUGAUGAAGCCUUGACUGGCAGAAUGAGAAAUGUAGGUUUGUAGACUAACAGGCUCUUGUUUCUGUUUGUUUCUUCAAACUCUUGGCAUGCCUUAGUCAGAAUAUGCCUAGUUAAAGCUUUUUGGUAAUCCAGCUGUACUCGGUAGCUUAUCUUGGUAGUGCUAAGUUGCUUGCUACUGUGUUGUAAGAAUGUGAGAUGUAAAUAACCAAAUGUAAAUCAGAUGAAAUGAUCUUGGAAGAACUAACAGAAGAAGCUUGUGGCUUCACAAUGUGCAGAGAAAACCAAUUCUUAUUUUUGAA